AUGCACCUUCAGCCGCUGAAGACGACCGCCGCGGGCGGCCGAGAGGCCUCACUCCUCUCCCCGACCGACUACGAUGCCGAUGCGAUAUCCAUCCGCAGCGACCAAGAUACCGAUAGCGAGGAUGACGAGCGCCAGCUGCGCGCUCGGAACAGCCGCGAGCUGCUGGCACACGACAGGCUGGUUUUGAUGGAAGAAGAAGAACUCGACCAGCUAGUGACCGAGACUCGGCGGAGGCAGGAGCGGGAGCGGAAAGGGUCGGGGCUGCCCAUACCAAAUCCAUUACGGUUACUGUCCAGGAGACUAAGCGAGACAUCGAUAUCGAGAUCGAGGAGCCCGUCCACGCAGCCGGCAGAGUCGGCAGAGUCCCCGGUAUUGGAGAAAAGGAGAGCGAGGAAAGCCCGGAGGCAGGCGAAGAAAGACAGGCUUUUGACUGAUGCGCAGCACGGCGAAGAUGGAGCGUUGAUGUACGAGAUGGAGGAGGGCGGAAUGAAAGACGGCAGCUCGACCGGCGAGAGCAGCGACCGUGACGACAGCGACGAAGUCGACAGGAAGAAUUUGCUCCAUAUCGCCGAUUCGAAAGCGAAACGAAGCCGUAACUGUCGCCGCUGGUUGUUGCUUCACGCAAUAAUUGCUGUCGCUUUUGCGAUCCUUGUCCUAGUUGCAUGGAAACUCUCAAUAGAGCGGAGGAGUUCUCGCCAGAAUCAGAGGCUGGUCAGCAACGGCACCGCUAUGUUUGCGCCUACCACGAUCUUGAUCAGUUUGGACGGCUUCCGGGCGGACUUUUUGAACCGAGGUUUAACGCCGAGACUCAACGCAUUUAUCAAGGAGGGUGUGUCACCCCUCUACAUGCUGCCGUCAUUCCCAAGCGUUACUUUUCCCAACCACUACACUCUCGCGACAGGGUUGUAUCCAGAGUCCCAUGGCAUCGUUGGCAAUACUUUUUGGGACCCUUCACUGCAAGAAGAGUUCUCCUACGGGGAUGUGCGGAGUUUAGAUCCUAAGUGGUGGAUGGGAGAGCCGUUCUGGGUCACGGCGCAAAAGCAAGGACUCAAGACCGCGAUUCACAUGUGGCCAGGCAGCGAAACGAUCAUCCUCGAAACCAGUCCUACAUAUGUCGACAAGUACAAUGGGCAAGAGAAGCUUUCGAGGAAGGUUGACCGGAUUUUCGAAUUCCUGGAUAUGGCAGAUGCCGAUCGCCCGCAAAUCAUUGCGGCAUACGUGCCCAACGUUGAUUCAGAUGGGCAUAAAUAUGGCCCCAACAGUACAGAAAUUCGAUCCACUAUCGAGAAGGUAGAUCAAAUGCUCGACAGAAUCUUCAAGGGCUUGGAGGAGCGGCACCUGGCAGACAUUGUCAACAUUGUUGUGGUCUCUGACCACGGUAUGGCAACCACCGAUGUUUCUCGGCUUGUCCAACUCGAAGACAUUGUGGAUGUGACCAAAAUCGAACACAACGAUGGCUGGCCGCUAGUUGGGCUGAGGCCCAAAAACCCAGAUGAACUCCAGGCGAUUUAUGAAGAUGUGAUCGAGAAGACCAAAGCGAACCCGAACCUCGAUGUGUACCUUCGGGAUGUUAACAUGCCAGAGCGGUACCAUUUCUCGCGCCAUGAGCGGAUUGCGCCUCUGUGGAUUGUCCCCAAAACGGGCUGGGCCGUUGUCAAGAUGGAGGAAAUGAAUCUGAAGGAGGCGCAGGCCACCGGUGCUGUGUAUCACCCCCGUGGUCUUCAUGGCUAUGAUAACGAACAUCCCUUGAUGCGCGCAAUCUUCGUCGCCCGCGGGCCAGCGUUUCCGCACAAGCCCAACAGCCGGGUUGAAGUGUUCCAAAACAUUGAGGUGUACAACAUGCUCUGUGAUUCCGUCGGAAUCUCCCCGGCUCCUAAUAACGGAACACUACGGCUGCCCCUGAAGACGAUAGGGCUACACAGCGACCAACAUACCGGGCUAGACACGCCGGCGGAUCCGGUAGAAGUCGUCCCAGUCUCAACAUCGGUAUCCCUGGAGCCGUCGGUCACCCCAAACAAAUCAAUUAGCGUCGACAAACCUACGCCAGAGCCAGUCGAACAACCGUCGGAUGCAGACGGCAACGAAGACAGCGAUGGCGACAACAGUGACGACCAGUCAGCCACGAAUAAGAUCCAGUCAUCAAUCACGGAGUUUUGGGAUUGGUUUACUGGCAAAAUCAGUCACUGGUGGGACAAAGUUAGCGGCCAGGAUGCGGAUAACGGCUCCUCAAAGUAG